AUGGGAAAGGUGCAAGCGCAAAGCUACGAUGAUUACGACCGGAUACGAUACUUUUACUACAUCCGGCCACCGCAGACGCCCGUACCGAAGGACUGGUGGAUCGAUCCGAUGGCAACCACCACCGAAUCCGUCACCACGCUCAGUGCGAGCGAGGAAACUACACUGCUGCUGUACGACAUCUUCAUACCGCUGCUCGGUUCACUCAUCAUAAUACUCAACCUGAUCGUGGUCGUGUCCGGUGUACUGCUGCUGCGAAAAGGUCAGCAACCGUACACCACGUACAUGUUUCUCGGGAACGUGGCGGUAUCGGAUUUAUUGACGGGCUUUGCCGUCAUGUUUGGACAGUAUGCACCACGUGAGCGACGUGCCGAGGAAAACUGCACCCUAAUGAUAGGUCUCAUAGUAUCCACAUCAUUGGUCUCGGUGUACAGCGUGGGACUGAUAGCGAUCGAUCGGUACCUUUACAUCGUCUAUGGACUGCAGUACCAGCGCUACUUAACGCGCACCCGGGCGCGUAUACUGAUUGCCGCCACCUGGAUCCUUGGAGCUACGAUAGGGUUUCUGCCCGCGUUCGGGUGGCGCGGCGAUACGGAUGGUGGUCGAACAUGCUGGUUCAUACGGUUGGCCCCACCGGGCCUGGUGAUCCUGACGGCAGUCGUCGGCAUACUGCCGGUCCUGCUCGUCAUCAUCCUGUACGGCAUCAUCCUGCAGAAGGCACUGCGUCGCGUUAACCAGCUGAAAAAAGCGUCGCGCGAACUGCGCGGCGUACAGACCGGUAAUCUGCGACUGUUUCGCGGUGGUGCAAACGGGACGGCAGCCAUACCACCGCCCGCCCUAUCCAGCCCGGUGGAACUAAAUCGAUCCGGCGCCAACCAAUCGGACACGGACCACGGUUUAAGCGAGGAUGAACUUUCGCGCGAUACCACCAAGCGUUGCUUCUGUCUGCGUUCGCGAUGCUGCACCACCGGCCCGCACCCGAACCGGGCACAGAAGGCGCUGAACGGAACCGAUUCCAGCAUACCCGCGGUGUCCACCGGCAUGAUGGCGGUGGCAGCGACAACGACGACAACCACGACCGGCAGCAGCAAAAGCCCGACCAAGUGGAAGGCGAUAAAAGUCGUGAUGUUCACGACGGGCAGCUUCGUCGUAACGUGGGUGCCGUACUUCAUCGCGAGCCUAAUGUACGUCGCGUGCGAUCCGGUAACGAACGGGGAGUUCUGCCGCAGCCUGCAGUUCGCCAUCGCCAGCCCCCUGGCCAUACUCGGGUUCGCCAACAGCCUGCUCAAUCCGAUCAUUUACGCCUGGUGGCACAAUGGGUUCCGUGCCUGGAUGAAGCGGCUUGCCGGCAAGGUCAGUCAGCGGGUUUGCUGCUGCUGCUGCUGUGGUCGGUACCGGCGCGAGGACGACGAUGCAGGCCCACCGUGUACCGUACGCUGCUGCCAUAAAUCAUCAUCGCGUACGGCGCCAUCGACUGAAGCUGCCGCGAAUCGGAUCAGCGCCAACGGGAGCAGCAGCGAUGGAAUCGGACCUAACCGGCUGUCAAACCGCACGGUGGCAACGACCGUCGGGCGUAGGUCGCGCACGGUUGCUCCGCCCCAGAGCGACCAGGAAUUUUCCAUCACCGAUGACACCGAUGUGGAGCAACCGUCGGGUAUGGUAAUCGGGACACGCCUCUAG